UUAUGAAUCAAUCUAUGGCUAAAUUGUAUUCUCAAGAUGGAACGGGAAGGGAUUCCUAUAUCUUUUAUGAUAAUGGCGGUUUCUAUCCCGGCAAUCUCAAAUUAUAAAAAUCACCAUCGCUUUCAAACUGUAUUGUUAUUCUAAAAAGUAUAAGGGGCCUAUGGUACAUACUCUCCUUAGAAAACUCAUUUCAAACCCGAAAAACGACAGUUUUAAAUUAGUGAUGGAACAGGGAGAGAUACAUAUGUGAUUCGAAAUAUAAAGGAUAAAGCAUAUUUCUCUCCAGACUUUUCAUUUCAAUUAAGAAAAUAUGAUUCUCAAAUCUUGAGUCCUCAAUAUCCCUACAAAUUACCUCCUUUAAAGUAGGCCUAAUUAUCUAUUAAAUCUGAUAAGCAAAAAUCAUUAAUAUAGAGAUUAGCAAAACCGAAACUUAGAACUCAAAAUGAUUGA